AUGACAAUUGAUAUUCAUUAUUCUAUUGUUGAAGAACAAGAACCAAAACGUUCAAAAAGGCCCAAAACCGAAAAAACCCAACACCAGGAGAUCAAGAACACAGAGAAGAUCAAAUCCUUCAGCAUUUGGCCGCCGUCACAGCGCACUCGUGAUGCCGUCAUUAACCACCUCGUAGAGACUCUCUCCUCCUCCUCAUCUGUCCUCUCCAAACGCUACGGAUCCAUCCCACAGGACGAGGCUUCUGCUACCGCCCGCAGCAUUGAGGAUGAAGCUUUCGCCGCCUCUGCCGGCUGCGGCCUCGCCGAUGACAUUAAGAUCCUCCAGAUCUACUCCAAGGACAUCAGCAAGCGCAUUCUAGUGGUGGUCAAGUCCAGAUCCGCCUCCGCUAAGACUCCUACUACCACCACUAGUGAGGAAACAUCAGUUGAAUAUGAAUAUUGA